CAAAUAUCAAAAAUCAUGUUGAAUCAUAAAUUUCUCCUCCUGCUGGUGGUGCUCCUGUGCGCCAGCUUCAGCUUCACCCUGGCCGAUGUGAAGGAGCUGGAGCCGGUGCUGAUUAAGCACGUCAAUCAGCAGAAUCUGGAUGGCGCUGGCCAAUACAAUCACGAGAUUGAGGUGAAUAAUGGCAUCAGGGCAUCGGCCAAGGGCAACGUAAACAGCGUCCAAGGCGAAUACUUUCUGCCCGGCGAGGAGGGACCCAUACGUGUGACCUAUACAGCCGAUGCCACUGGCUUUCAUCCACAUAUUAAUUAAACUCGUCUUGAUGCAACUCGUUUACCCCUCGAAAAAAAAAAAAAAAAAAAAAAAAUUAAAUAAAAUAAAAAUAAAAAUGAACUCAAAAUUCAACUGAAAACGAAAUGUGAUACAGUUAAAUGGGACAAGGAGCGGGGCAGGCAA